GAUAAAUGUCGUUCAUUCCUUUGUAUUCAGAUUAUUGAUUCAUCUAAAUCAAAAAGGUCACUAGAGAAAAAUACCUUCUGGUGGCUUUUGGGGUUUACUUUUAUCUUCACAGUUGGCCAAAUAGUUUGCUGAACAAGAAUGCAGAACUACCUGUAUAAUGUUACCUUAGUAAUUGUUAUAAACCCCAUAUUAUAGGUAUUCCAGAAGACAUGCUAAACACGCGAACGAGGAUAGAGCCCUUUUGACCGUAGAGGUAAAUGGAGAUAAAAUUAAACUGACCACUCAAUCGGCACUAAGAAAUAGUGAGGUCGAAUUUCAUGUUGGGAAAGCGAUUCAGGAAGACAUUGCGCCUGAAUAUCGAUGCAGCAGCACUGCGAAUUGGUCGGUAACACCUUGACAAUCGAAUCGAUUCCGACAGACGGCAGAGCAAAGUCCCUCACCAGAGUGUAUACUUUACUGACACCGGAAUAGAAGUGGUGGUGACAAUGAACGA